AUGUCAUGGCAACCUAACGAUGAUGAGCUUCAGCAGGUUUUAUUCGUUUUAUUUGAUUGCACUCUUCUUUAUUUGUUUGAGGUGAUUGCCCUACUGCAGCAUUCACAGUCCACAGAUCGUGAAGUGCAGCGAAAUGUUCAACAACGGUUGAAUCAGUUGAACGGGCAUGAGUCUUUCUGUUGCUACCUCGUUCAUAUCUUGAGCGUUAUGAAAGAUGGCCCAAUUGAUGUAGGUUUCAAAGUUAUCAUUCAAGUUCUCUCAUAAAACUGUCUACAAAAACGUUCAGAAAAUAAUAAUUUUCAGGCAACUAGUCGCUCGUUGGCGGGUCUCAUCUUGAAGAACAACAUUAGAACCCGCUGGGUGACCUACAAUGAUGAAGUUCGACGAUUCGUCAAGUCUCACACAAUGAACAGCAUUGCCGAUCCCGAGCCACUCAUUCGCGCCACCGUCGGAAUUAUCAGUCUGUUUUUUGUUUUCUAAUUUUUUUGAGCGAGUUUCGUGGAAAAGUUAAUAUUUUCUUCAUCAUAUAUGAAAUACUGAUUUCGUGUUUUUCCAGUUACGACUAUCGUUGUCGAGGAAGGAGUCUCCACUUGGAGCGAUCUUUUGCCCACAUUGGCGCAGAUGCUGGAACAGCCCAACGAGUACAUGCAAGAGGUUUGAGUAUAACCUAAAAUACUUAUUUUCUUUUUUCGGAAAUAAAAAUGAACUUAUUUUAUUUUUAGGGAGCCCUGGGAGCGCUGCAAAAAGUCUUCGAGGACUCUGCAGACCGUUUCGAUACAGAGACGCAUCUGCAGCCGAUAAUUCCUAAGCUUUUGCAGUACUUUGGCAGCAAUUCUGGCAAAAUGCGGUUUUUUUUUCGUUUAUCUUUGUUUUUUACGUAGUUUAUCAAUAUUUCAGUCUUUUCAUAAGUUUUCUUUCAAUGUUCAGAGCGCUCUCAAUGAACUGCAUCAACUGCAUAUUGAUGGUCAACAACGAUCCCAUCAACAGUGUCAUCGACGAUUUCUUGCACGCUCUUUUCGCCCGCGCUCACGACGGAGAAGAGGUACUUAGAAGGCCCAAAACUUCAUUUCAUUCCAUUCAUCAAAAACUUGUUUGCCAUUCUUAUGAAAAGUUUGGGGCUUUUAGGAGGUUCAAAAGCAACUGUGUCGUUCUUUGACUCUUCUUCUCGAUACCCACAUGGAGAAAAUGAUGCCCAAUCUUCCAAAUGUCGUCGAUUACAUCAUCCUCAAGACCGAGGUUUCUUUAAUGUCUUCUUUUUCUUUAGAAUAAAUGUUAUCAGGACUCAAACGAGGCUGUCGCAUUGGAAGCUUGCGAAUUCUGGCUUUCCUUAGCAGAAAACAACGACGUUUGCUCUUACCAUUUAUUUCUAUAUCUCCAAAUUGAUCUUUAAGAUUUGCCGCCAACUUCUUGGCCCUUUCUUGCCGAAAUUAGUCCCUGUCCUCGUCAAAUGCAUGCGCUACACAGAAAGUGACGUCAUUGCAUUGAAGGUUCGAUAAAUUCGACCCAACUCCUCCUUGAACCUCAUUUUGAAGGGGAACGAAGAGGACGCGUCAGUUCCAGAUCGAGAUGAAGACAUCAAACCGCGUUUCCACAAGUCCAAACAACAGGGCUUUCUGAAAUCCGAAGUCGGUCCCUCUUCAGAAAACCAACAACCUGAUCCAAGGAGUUUCAGGAAGAAGACGAAGAAGAUGAAGACGACGAUGACGUCAGCGGCGAAUGGAACAUUCGUCAGUUUUUUUCUUUCUUUCCAGGACAUCUGAGCUUUUUCUUCGAAUAUCAUCUUUUUUGCAGGAAGAUGCGCAGCCGCUUCUCUCGAUUUGUUGGCUUCGAUCUUCGCAAAUGAUUUGUUGGCUGUGUUGCUGCCGAUCCUGAAGGAGGCCCUCGUCCACCAGGAUUGGAUGGUUUUUUUUAAUCUUUUUUUGAAGCGUUCUCUUCUUCCUGUCUACAGUUACAAUCUUUUAAAGUGUAUUUUUUGAGAUUAUGCGACUUUUUCCAUGUUUGGCUUCAUAAAAAUUAUAAUUUCGUUUCAACCGAAAAAAGUUAAGAGGAAUUCUUAUCAGGGCAUAUGAAUUUUAAAAAAUGAUAGUUUAUUUAUUUGAAUCUUAUUUAUCUAGAGACCAACCGAUCAAUUAAUUCAUAAAAAAAAACUUUGUUUUUAAAGCGAAAAAAGCUGGUUUUGAAGAGAAUACAAGAUCGGUCAAGUGACUAGUUUUUUGAGAAAAUUCUCGAUAUGUUCGGAUUUUUUUUCCAUAGGUACUCGUUUCCAAAUGAUUUUUUCUAUAGAAGAAAAAACUAACAUUCGAAAAACUGGUCAAGAGUUUAAAAUCACGUGUUUAUGAAAGUAUUAUUAAAAAAGUUUGUAUAAAGUUCUUAGAAAAACUGUUUUCUGCUUUAGUGUAAUUAUGUCACAUUUCGUGGUUUAGGUGAAAGAAUCUGGGAUUUUGGCGCUAGGAGCGAUUGCCGAGGGCUGUAUGGACGGCGUGACGCCGCAUUUGAACGAACUCGUGCCGUUCCUCUUGGAAAUGCUGCAGGACAAGAAGCCCCUCGUUCGGUUGGUCGUCCCCCACCCAACCGACGGCAACCAUUUCCUUCAGGUCGAUAACCUGCUGGACUUUGUCUAGGUACUGUGCCUGGGUCGUGAACGACGAAAACGCACAGAAACACUACUUCCAACCGGUUCUCCAACGGGUGAAUCGUAGCAAACCGAGCGGAUCUCAUUACUUGAAUUGAAGUUCCUGCAAUGCGCCUUGGACAACAACAAGAAGGUGCAGGAGGCGGCCUGCAGCGCCUUCGCGACUCUCGAAGAGGAGGCCUGCGACGUGCUCGUUCCAUUCCUUCAGCCCAUUCUCAGCACUCUCGUCCAGGCCUUCAACAUAUACCAGGUAAGGCUGUCUAUCGGUCUGAUUUAAACUGAAUCCAUCAAUCGCUUUUUAUUACUAUCAUUAAUCGAUUUUGAACUGGUUGGUUUUUUUUAAACGAUUUCUGCGCAUUGAGAGACUCGAAAAUAACUUCGAAAAAAAAAAUGUAAUUGGCGACAUUCAUAAAGCUUAAAACCAGACCGAAAAUCGUUUUUUUUUUUGUUUUUUUUAUUGAAACAAUCGGGAAUUGGCAUUUAAAAAUGCAUUGCCAUGUAUGAAAUUUUCCUUGGAGUUCACUUUCAAGCGUUUCAAACCGUGGAAAAACAUUUAUAGGCAAAGAAUCUAUUGAUUUUGUACGACGCCCUGGGAACUCUGGCCAACUCGGUGGGAGAAGCGCUUUGCCAGCCUGUCUACGUUCAGAUGCUGAUGCCGCCUCUCAUGUCCAAGUGGGAGAGACUCAGCGACGACGACAAGGUCUUCAACCCGCCUUUUCCCCGUGAAAGCGCACGUUCAGGAGCUCUUCCCCCUUCUCGAGUGCGUUUCUUCUGUCGCGUCCGCCAUGGGAAUGUCUUUCCUGCCUUACAGUCUUCCCGUCUACAACAGGUACGACGGAAGACGCUCCAUGACUUACUCGAAUCAUUUUCAAGAUGCGUCAACCUAGUGCGGAGGUGCGUCCAUCAAGCGCAGAUGCAUGCCCAAAGGCCAUUGGAAAUCGAAGCGCCAGAAACGGUCUGAAAGAGUUCUGAGGAGUUGAACUGAUCUGCUCUCAGGACUUCAUGAUCGUCGCGUUGGACUUGUUGUCCGGACUGGCCGAGUCGCUGCCUGAACACAUAGAACAGCUCGUCGAGGGCAGCGGGAUCAUUGAGCUGCUUCUUUUUUGCUCCGUCGUCAGUUCCACUUUUGUUUUAAGCAGACGCUUCUCCAUAAUCCCCAUCAAAAGGGCUGAAAUGAAGAAAUUUUCAGGAUCCAUUGCCAGAAGUCCGACAGUCUUGUUUCGCCCUACUCGGCGACCUCGUCAAAACAUGCUUCUCUCAGAUCAAACCUCAGACAAGUUAGUUUACAUAUAAAGUAUAACUUUGUAUCACCUGAAAAAGUUAGGAGAUUCACUAACUGAUUCUCAAGAUUAGAAGAAUUCUUAGUGAAAACAAAAGAUCUUUACUAUCUGAAAAACCAUAGCUGGGAUUCGCGGAAUUGAAGAAAGAAAAAUAAAACUGAAAUAAGAAAAAAAAAUUACAAAACAGUAACAAUCACAUAGGAUUUAACUUUGUUAUAUAACAGUUCUGAAUCAAGCUCUUCGGUUAAAGUUUCAUGCUACGUAUAGUGUACAGAUCUCAAAGUUUUCAAUGGCAUCGAAAAUAUCCGCAGAAAUGGCUUCUCUGUCUCAAAUCUCGUUGUUCAUAGUCCAAUUUCCUUUUAGAACCUUUUUUGUACAAUAUGUGAGUUUACUCUUCACAACUCAACUUUCAGACACUUUUGUGUGCGUACUGGCGCAGAACCUGGACCCUUCGAAGGUCUCCGUGUGCAACAACGCGAUUUGGGCUCUUGGAGAGCUAGUUCUGAAGAUGGGCGGCGAGAUCAAGCCGUUCAUCCCGCAGUUCCUGGAGCAGCUCAUCGGCGUCGUCAACUACCAGCCGACGGCGCAAAGGACGCUCGUCGAGAAUACGGGUAGGGGACCAGGCCGAUUUCGCCAGCCGGCUGUGUAGUGUGUAAGAAGUUUGCAGCGAUCACGAUCGGCCGGCUCGGACAGCAGUGUGCCGAGGACACGGCGGCCUUCCUCCAGCGCUUCAUCCGGAACGUCUGUCUGUCGCUGCGCAACGUCAAGGACAACGCCGACAAGGAGAGCGCCUUCAUCGGCCUCUGUCAAAUGAUCAACCUCAAUCCCACCGGCGUCUUACCGGUUUGCGAGCUUCCUUUUCCGACUGUUUCGCUGUCUCCCAAACUUUUUCGUUUAAUAAUUUCUGGAAUCAGUUCAAAAAAUAGAUAUUAGUAUCAUAUAUGGAAAAGACAUGACUUGAUAUUUAUUUAGUAGGGCGCGACAUGAAAACGUUUAUCAACCCAGAUUUUCCUAUAUAACAAGCAUCGGAAACAGUUACAUUUUUAGCAUUGUCAAAAAAUUUUAAACCAAAAAAAUUUUUGGAAAUUUUUUUGAUUUUUUUCAAUUUCUGUAUCUCUGUCUUUGAUUUUUGAAAUCUCCGAUUUUUGGAAACAUUUUUUGAUUUUAUUAAUUAUUUUCUAGCGGUCAAAAUCAGAAGUGUGCUCAAAUAAAAAAAAAUCUAGAACGUAGAGUUUCGUUGAGGUGUCGAAACGAAGAUAACAUGGCGGAAGCAACUUUUUCUUUCUUAUAAGGGAACUUUUCAGGACUUCAUCUUUUGGUGUGACGCCGUUGUUUCUUGGCAAACUCCGAAGCCGGAGCUGAAAGAAAUGUUCGCCAGGGUACGUUGAGAAGUUCUGGGCGCCCAGAAGACCUUUGACGUCGUGAUUGCAGAUUUUCAUGGCGUUCCGCGAACAAGUUGGCGUCGAGAACUGGAAUUUGUUCACGGCGCAGUUUCCGACGGCCCUGCGAGAGCGGCUCUUCGAGUUUUACGGCAUUUGA